AUGAUAGAUCUCAGCAAGCCCAUUGUACCUGCACCGGAUGGCUACGUUGUGGAUCUGCAGCACCCGCAACGACGUGGUGAGGCCAUCAUCACUUGGGUAGGAAUCGUGGGCAUGGUUAUCGCUACAAUCCUACUAAUGAUACGAGCGUACACGAAGAUCAUGCUUGUCAAGAAGUUGAGCUCGGAUGAUUGGUGCCUUUUACUCGCGUGGAUAUUUUCCAUACCUGUUCAAUCUCUUAUUGUUUACAGAGCACCUGCCGGUUUGAUCGGGAUACAUGCCUGGGAGCUCACUGGCAAUCAACUCAACACUAUCGCCCGGAUCACCCUGACAACGACAGUACUCUACUCGCCCGCUCUCGCUUUCGCCAAAUUAUCAUUCCUAUGUUUCUACCUGAACCUGAACCCUGCAACGGGAUUCCGUACUGCUGUUUACAUCACCAGUCUGGUUGUCAUCGGAUCUUGUGUUGGGGUUGUCGUAUCUCUGCUUGCAGCAUGCAACCCCUUCAAGAGGAAUAUCGACGUCACUGUCAAGGAGGGGCAAUGUCUGAAUAAAGCAGCACUAUACAUCGCUACCGGAGCACUCAACAUGAUUACGGACAUCAUGGUGAUAAUUCUGCCGAUUCCCAUGGUCAUGGGAUUACAGACAUCGAAAUCGCGAAAAGUCAUGCUGGUCCUGCUUUUCAGUGUCGGUCUCAUUACAUGCAUUACUAGUGCUGUGCGUGUUGCACUGCUCCCUCCUAUGUUGACUUCGAAAGAUUCGUCAUGGGAUACUGUCUACCCCAGUCUGUGGAUUCUGAUUGAAGCCAGCCUGAUCAUCAUCACAAGUACGCUCCCGACUAUGCGACUGUUCUUGCACCACGUGGCACCAACUCUUGUCGGUGAAACUGAAGCCACACAACCAUCAGGCACCCGUCAAGGGGCCGGCUGGGAAUUACAAAAUCGAGAAACGCACGAUCCCUACGAGAUCGAGGAUGGAUCAUCUGAGAGGGAAAUAUUCCCUAAAAAAAGCGAUUGA